CACAGACAACUGCAGCACCUACAACUGCCGCUCCAACAACUGCUGCACCUACAACUGUAGCUCAGACGACUGCCUCACCUAUGACUGCCGCACCUACAACUGCAGCACUUACAACUGCAGCACCUACUACUGCAGCUCCAACUACUGCUGCACCUACAACUGCCACUCCAACAACUGCCACUCCAACGACUGCUGCACCUUCCACUGCCGCACCUACAACUGACGCUCCAACAACUGCUGCAACUACGACUGCCGCACCUACAACUGCCGCUCCAACACCCGUUGCAGCUACAACUGCAGCUCCAACGACUGCUGCACCGACAACAGCUGCUCCUACCACUGCCGCACCUACAACACUUGCACCUACAACAGCUGCACCUACAACUGCAGCACCUACUACUGCAACUCCUACAAGUGCCGCUCCAACAACUGCAGCACCUACAACUGCCGUUCCAACAACUGCUGCACCAACAACUGCUGCACCUACAACUGCAGCACCUACAACUGCGGCUCCAACAACAGCUACACCUACAACUGCCGCUCCUACAACUGCCACUCCAACAACUGCUGCACCUACUACUGUGGCUCCUACUACUGCAGCAGCUCAACCUCGUUAUAGCCUCUCAGUAGACAUGGCAGGAGAAACUUUUUCAGAGGACCUCAAUGACCGCAACAGCCCUGCCUUCAAAGCACUUGCAAAACGAGUUGUAGCUACAUGUUUUCAGAUAUACAGGCACAAAUUUCCGGACUUUGUUGACUGCAUUGUGACAAAGUUCAGUGCCCUCGGUACAUCACGAGCAGAAGGAGUUCAAGCCGAUUUUGAUGUUGUCUUCAAUCAGAACACUACAGAUCCCCCACCAAAUGUUGUCAUUGCUUCUACCCUCCAAGAAGCAGUGAGUAAUACCAACAACUCCUUCAACGUGAGCAUAAAUCCCAGCUCAGUCACCUUAGUAGCAGGCCCAGUUGCAACUCCAACUACAACGGCUGCACCUACCACUGCUGCAGCUACUACUGCCGCACUUACAACUACUGUCCCUACUACUGCUGCACCUACCACUGUCGCACCUUCAACUGCUGCACCUACCACUGUCGCAGCUACAACUGCUGCACCUACAACUGUAGCACUCAUGACCAAAAGGGUGACUUUCAGAUCUGUUCAAGGCAUAUUUACAAGCGACCUGCUGAAUCCAUCUUCUGCAGCUUAUAUGAAUCGAGCUGCAAUGAUAGUAAACCAGCUUACACCUAUUUUCCAAAGGGAAUUCGGUACCGGCUUUAAAUCCUUGAAAGUGGUGUCAUUCAGCAAUGGAUCCAUCUUCAACACUCUUGACUCUGUCUUUGAAAGCACAUCUGCUCCCAAUGACACUCAGAUUGCAAGUGCUUUGACCAGCGCUUCAGCCGUCACCACCUUUGACAUUGAAACCAGCUCCAUCACUGUGAAUGGCAUAUCUUCAAGUGGAGUAAGCCACAAGAUCAGUCUUGUCACGGCAUGCUGCCUGGUACUGUUGUCAUGGCUACUGUCUAGUCAGCAAUAACAUCAGUGCUGAUAUCUAUCUGAAUUGCCACCAGAACAUUACUGCCAUCACUGGUAUGAAAAAGGACUAUGUUGUCAGUAAAAAUCCAUGAUUCAUUAUUGUCUAAGUUUUGUAUAGCUUCAGAUGGAUUAACCAUCAAAUUGAACUUUCCACUGACCGGACAAAGUCAUGACAGUGGAUUAGGUAUGUCUGUCGAAUUCAACACACUUCUGUGUGGGAAUGUCCAGGAUCC